CCAACAACACAAAAAAGAAAGAGAGAGAGGAAAAGAAAAAGAAGUUACAGCAUCAACCCCAAACCAUGGCUCCCGUCAAUUACCUUGUAGUAGCAUUCCCAUCCCAAGGCCUCAUCAACCCGGCCCUCCAAUUCGCCAAGCGUCUUCUACACACCGGCGCGCACGUCACCUUCGCCACUGCAGGGUCGGCUUACCGCCGCAUGGCCAAGUCCAACCCACCCGAAGGUUUGUUCUUUGCCUCCUUCUCUGAUGGCUCCGAUGAGGGGCUUAUGCCCGGGAUUGACAUCGAAAAGUACAUGGCCGAUGUCGAGCGGCUUGGUUCGGAAACUCUAAGAGACCUUGUCAUUACCAGCCUUAACAGAGGCCGCACAUUUGCAUGCAUAUUUUAUACCACAAUCGUUCCUUGGGUUGCUCAGGUGGCUCAUUCUCUCGAAAUCCCCUCAACCCUCAUUUGGGCUCAACCUGCCACUCUUCUUGAUAUAUAUUACUAUUACUUCAAUGGUUAUGGCGACAUUAUCAAAAACCUAGGCAAUGGCGAUCCUUCAGCAUCGCUCCAGUUACCAGGAUUACCGCCGCUAACUCCUCGAGACGUGCCCUCAUUUUUCACAGCAAAAAAUCAGUAUGCUUUUUCUCUACCGCUUAUGCGAGUGCAAUUUGAAGUAUUCAAGGAAGAGAAGAAUCCAAGGGUACUCGUGAACACUUUCGAUGCACUAGAACCAGGGCCAUUAAAAGCCAUUGGCAAUGUCACCAUGCUUGGGAUCGGCCCGCUAAUUCCUUCCGCAUUCUUGGAUGGACAAGAUCCCUUGGACAAAUCCUUCGGAGGUGAUCUCUUCCAGAGUUCGAAAGACUACAUCCAAUGGCUAGACACCAAGCCCGAAGGUUCAGUGAUCUAUGUAUCAUUCGGAAGCAUCUCCGUGCUAUCCAAUGCACAAAAAGAGGAGAUGGCACGCGGGUUGCUAGGCACCGGCCGUCCAUUCUUGUGGGUGAUUAGGAAGGACAAAGAAGAGGAAGGAGAGGGAGAAGAAGAUCAGUUGAGCUGUAUGGAGGAAUUGAAGCAAAAGGGAAUGAUAGUGUCAUGGUGCUCUCAAGUGGAGGUGCUGUCCCAUGCUUCAGUAGGGUGUUUUGUGACUCAUUGCGGUUGGAACUCAACCUUUGAGAGCUUGGCUUGUGGUGUUCCAAUGGUGGCGUUCCCCCAAUGGACUGACCAGCAAACUAAUGCCAUGCUCGUCGAGAAUGAAUGGAAGGUUGGGGUGAGGGUGAACACCAAUGAGGGAGGCAUAGUGGAAGGAGAUGAGUUCAAGAGAUGCUUGGAAUUGGUGGUGGGAAAUGGAGAGGAGGGAGAGGAAAUAAGGAGGAAUGCCAAGAAGUGGAAGGGAUUGGCAAGAGAAGCUGCCAAAGAAGGUGGGUCAUCGGAUAGGAAUCUCAAGGCAUUCUUGGAGAAGAUUUAAUGGGAAGCAAAUGGUCACUAAACUGCUAGUACUUUACCUGUUAUUCAUUUGCUUCUGUAUUUGCAUUUGGUUUGAUAAUUGUAACAUGCCAUGUAUAACAACAAUGAGAUAUGUUGUAAUAAUACUAGUUGUCUAUUCAUUUUGGACCUUGAUAUAGCUGGCAUGCUCGCUCACACCUUGCGAAUGUGUUGUAGAAGUCAAAAUGCCGGCUGAUUUAGUCUCUAUUUUAAGAGCAACUAUUACUUA